AUGAGCAGUAAGAAAACUUUUCCUACUUCUCCAUAUGUAGGUCCUAUACCACCUCAGCCUAGUCAAUAUACUACAUCACUGACAAUUAAUGGAGUUCCUGCAAUGUACUAUGCAGACACAACCAUUAAUCGAGAUAAACUCGAUUCAUCUGAACUAAAUCAGAUCUUUAUUAUAGAUUUUGAAAAAUCUAUAUCCUACGCUAUAUUAAACGGAUCGUGUUCCUCGACUCAAAUUCCCGGAAAAAUCAAACCUAUGUUAGCAUUUGCAACUUACGAUUUCGCUGGAAACGUAACAUACGACGAAAAAUUAUGCUAUGAAUGGAAUGGUUGUCAUAAUUAUGAGAUACCCCCUGCACCAUUUAAUUAUUAUGCAACAGUCGACGGAAACAUACCAGUGGGCUUAGACUUGUAUACUAUUGGUGUUAAUGUUCAUUUUUCUAACUUCACGUAUGGUCCUCCUCCACCAUCUACAUUCAACAUUCCAAAGAAUUGCACGCCGGUACAAUUCAACCGAUCGCUUCAUCCUAUUUUUUCGCAUUUCACAAUCGAAAAAAGCAAUGUGGAAAUAAUAUGCUGA